AUGCACCAACCCUCCAUUUCAUCGACGCAAAUUCUUCCAUCAUCGUCGUCGUCGUUGUCCUCUGUAACAAUAAUAACAGCACCCACCACCUACCUCACCCAGCACCUCCAGAAAGAGAAUGCCAGUGUGAGUACUGAUACGAACAAUAUCUCACCAUCGGAUCAUCACGCACCAAGUUCAUCCGAGGUUACUCUCGAGAGUAACGGAGGAAGUGCGUGUUGUGGGAAUCAUGAAGAAUUGGAUUCUUUCAAUGGGUUGUGUUUGGAAUGCAAUCACCAAGAAUCAUCAUCUCAUAAUUGCAGCAACAAUGCUAUGGUGGAUAGUAGUAGUACCAUAAACGGUCAACACAAUGACUGUGUUCAUGAAAAUAGUUCUUUUUGUGAUGAUCAUCACGACGAAAAGAAAUUCUGUCGAAUGCAUCAUGAUGAUUGUGUUCAUUCAUCUCAACAGAAGUCUUCUUCACAACUGCUCAGAGUAAAUACAUCUUCACUUCAUCAGAGAAGAGAGAGCAAUGGCUCUUCUCCGACUACUCCUCCAGCCAAGGAAACAGAUUCAUUAAACAACAACAACAGCAACAAUAACGGAGGAAAUUUUGAACUGAAUCUUCCUCCUUUAAAUGUAUCAACAAUUUCUUCUUCAGAUAAGUCAUCAUCAACACCAACUACCAACAAUGAGGAUAAUGGUGUCGCAAUGAAUGAUGACACUCCUUCUCCGACCACUGCAAAUGUUCGCCAUAAUGUACUACAAAAGAUUUCCAAAUGGUCAGAAUUAGACAACUAUGGAACACCUUUAGAACCAACACAUAUUAUUCCUUUAAAAACGCCCAUUAAAACCAAAUUUCUGGAAUCAGCUAAAAAGUGGCGGCCCUUUACAUCUGAAGACUUUUUGUUCGGCAAUUUGAAAAAAGGCUAUGCUGUUGCUGGAAUUGUCGAUUUAUCCAAUCAUGAUUGUAUAUAUGAUGUGGAUAAUGUUUGUGUGCCAAAAUAUCCAGAAAAGUUUUUGUCCGAAUUGAAUAAGCUUACGUUUGAGAGUGAAGCAAGAAAAGACACAUUUUUGAGGUUCAUUGUCACGGCUAAACAUGCCAGAAAGCCAUCCAUUUACGAUAGUUUCUCCGAGGAAAUGAAAUCCCUUGCUGAUAAUACGGAAACUGAGCCCUUGCACUAUAUCAAAGUGAGACUUGUGGCAAAGGAAAUUCCUGGUCUUGAGCAACAAACAGACUUCAAUCGUGUGAUAAAUGAUUUCUUUAAAGAGUUUCCAUCACACUACAUUGGAGUGCACUGCUCAUAUGGAUUCAAUAGAACUGGUUUUAUUUGUUGUGCUUAUCUCAUAAGUGAAAAGCAUCUUUCAAUUGAUGAAGCUCUUCACGUUUUUGCCAAAAGUAAGCCACCAGGUAUCAAGCAUCAUUGGUUUCUUAAAGCAUUGAGGUUGCGGUAUGACCCAACACAUGCACCAUUAGAAGAAGAAAUGAACAACUCUACGGAAGAGUUUUCAAUGUAA